AGCUAGCUAGCAUGGCUUUCUAUAUUUCUAAAACCUCGUUCCUUCAUUUCUUGAUCUUGAACUUGAUUCUGACAUGCCUCUCUUCAGGAUUUAUCCCUUCAGAGGGAGAAGAAGAGUACGAAACAUUCCAACAAUGGAUGAAGCAGCAUGCAAGAAUGUACCCGAACUCUGAAGAGAGUGAAAGCAGAUACCAAAUAUUUCGAAUGAAUCUGAAGCACAUCAAAGAGACGAAUGCCAAGAGAUCCAAUUCCUCUGGCGGUGGCUAUCGUUUGGGACUCAACAAGUUUGCUGAUAUGAGUCCUGAGGAGUUCAAGAGAGUGUACCUUCGCCAACUACCUGCGCCGACCACCACCAACCCGGCCACCACCGCCUCAAGGUCCGGCUACGUGAAACAGGACUCCUGCACACCACCUGCCUCUGUGGAUUGGAGACAGAAAGGAGCCGUGACUCCUGUUAAAGACCAACAACGUUGUGGAAGUUGCUGGGCAUUUGGAAGCAUCGGGGCCAUUGAAUCAAUACAUGCAAUACAGACAGGGGAACUUGUAUCCCUUUCAGAACAAGAACUUGUAGAUUGUGACUCCGUAAGCCAUGGUUGUUCAGGUGGGUCCCCCAAGAGUGCUUUUGAAUGGGUUAUCAGAAAUGGUGGUAUUAGUAAAGAAGAAGAGUACCCCUAUGUAGCUCGAGACGAUUCCUGCAAAGCCAACACGCAAAAUGAAGACAGUGGCGUGAAAAUUACUAAUUAUGCACAAGUAGAUCAAUCGGAAGAAGCCCUCUUGUGUGCUGUGGCUCAGCAGCCUAUUACAGUAUCUUUGGAUGCAUCAAAUCUUCAAUUCUAUGACAACGGGAUUUAUGCUGGUCAGUAUUGCUCAAGGGAUUCAAACUAUGUGAAUCAUGCUGUUUUAAUUGUGGGAUAUGGUUCAAAAGAUGGGAAUGACUAUUGGAUUGUGAAGAACUCAUGGGGAGAAAAUUGGGGAAUAAAUGGAUACUUCCAUGUUAAGAGGAAUACAGAUUUUCCAAAUGGAGUUUGCGCCAUUAAUACUAUGGCAUUCUACCCAACCAUAUAAGAUUAAUGUACCGGCUAGCUAGCAAAUCUCUGGUCAAUUUCUCGUUUUCUUGUUGUCAUGAACCGAAAUCUAUUAUAGAUUCUAAAUAAAAAGUCAUGAAUUAUUAAUUAUAGUAGAUUAUUAAUGUGUCCUUUUCGGAUAUAUUGUUAGUUAUUGAUGGAAUAUCAAACUUUUUU